AUGUCAGACUACUUGUCUUUUGAACUUCAAGUGGAAAUCAUUAAAAGACUUCCAGUUAAGCCAUUGCUUCAAUUCAGAUCUGUCUCAAAACGAUGGAAGACUUUGGUCGACAAUUCUAAGUUUAUUGCUACUCACACCGUUGGCCAGACUCAACUGAACCACUUCUUGUAUGAUGCAAAUAAGCUGAUUUUGUCAUUUGAUAUGACUACUCAAGAAUUUACUCUGAUAGACUUACCAAACUGUUUUGCACAUCAAUCUUCCAUGGAAAUUUCCAUUUCUAAGUUAAAGGGGUCACUUGUGCUGCUUGAAUACGGUACAAACAAUGAGAAACAAGACUGUGUCAUAUGGGUGAUGAAUAAUGGUGUUCCGAACUUGUUUUCAAAGUUGUGUGCCAUUAACGCACCAUAUGCAUCUAUAAAGAUUUUGGCAUUUAUAAAGAAUGGUGGUCCAAUGAUGGAAAAACAAUAUGAAUUUGGAGAACCAGCUGCAUUUGUAUUCUAUGAUCUUUGUUCAAAAGACUUCAAUCAUACAGCUAUUUAUGCAAAAGGUGGUUCAUUUUUUGUUGACUCAUACAUGGAAACCCUGCUUUUGCUUGAUCACCCAGAUUCAAGUGCUUUUCUAUCACUAACCGAAGACAAGCCGGUGGCUGCAUUGAAAAAGCUGGAGCAAAUAAGCAAUUCGUUUAUGAGCAGCCGAGAAAGAUAA